UCUGCGCUUUCCCCCCGGAAAAUGACUCGUCCAGGUGGGGAGGAGAGAAGUGAGCGGCUAUAGGUGAGUGUAGGCUAUCCGUCACCGGGACAAAGGUGGAACAGGAACAGGUAUCGCGGCUCAUUGGGCGUUUUAACUUCAAUCCGCGUGAAGCCUACAGUUCUAAUAAUGGUUUUGACGCAAGAGUCCGUGUUGUUUUCGCUGAUAGCGGAGGGGGGCAAAGUGAAGAAAUCCGACUUGGUGGGGAAGUUCAAAGCUUCAAUAGACUGCGACGAUCCCGCAGAGAGAGAACGGAACAGGGAGCUUUUUAAGACUAUUGUCAACAAUGUCGCCUUUGUCAAAGAAAUCGAUGGAGUCCGUUACGUUGUCGUCAAGAAAGCGUAUCAGCAUUUGUUGGACGGUGUCCAGACUGCGGAGAGCCCUGUGGAAAAGACUGAAAAUAAAGAGAUCCCGCUGACAGGUGAGCAGCAGCGCCCACCUGCGCGGAGUGAGCAGACUGGAAGCUCUGAUGAUGCAGGAGGGGAGAGAUCAGCUGUUUCUGAGCCUGACCCAGAACAGGCGAGUGAAAGUGGUGAAAAUCCUACUGAAUUACUUUCUCCAAUGCAGCUGGCGUUGCAAAGGACCAAAUAUUCGGAUGUUAGAGUUAAAAGAACGCUGAAUUUUGAGAUCCAAAGGCAGGGCACAAAUGGAGAUAACUGUUCAAGAAGGGGUACAGUAAAUGAGCCCACCGGCAUCCAGAGCAAACCAUAUGGCUUACCUCUGAGGAUGCCACCCACCACGACCAGGGUGGAGAUCCGCAAACUGAAGGUGGACCCAGAUAACCCUCCUGAAAGCCCAAAACUGGACUCCUCUAGGAAUAAGAAAAGGCCCCCUACAGUGGAGACUGGCAUCAGCUCACCCCAGCUGAGACGGUCAGGGAAGAGCACUAAGGCGUCAGUGGAGCCCAAAGAGACAAAGGCCUCCUACUUGGUUCCCCUGGAGCCGUCAGAGCAUGAAUGGCUGGUCAAGUGUGCAGCCGGCCACUGGAGCCAAGUUUACGGCCUGCUGCUGAGAGACAACCAGCUGGCCGAGAAAAGGGACUUCAUGUCAGGGUUCACCGCUCUGCACUGGGCAGCCAAAUGUGGAAACAGUGACAUGCUUGUGAAGAUUAUCGACCUGUCGAGGCAAGGAGGAGUUGACAUUGACGUUAAUGCAAAAACACACGGCGGAUACACUCCUUUGCACAUUGCUGCCUUGCACGACCAAGAGUACAUCAUGGCCAUGCUGGUGGCGGAGCACGGGGCCAAUCCAAGCAUCAGGGACAACUACGGGAAGAAGGCCUAUCACUAUGUGCACAGAGGCAUUUCUGAGACUGUGAGAGAGAUGCUGGGCGAACCCAAAGCCCGGGAGCCUCAGGACAAGGUCCUGCAUGAGAAAGAAGAGCUGGAGCUUUUCCCGGAUCUCUCCAAGGGCCUGCAUUCAAUAAGCCGUCUCUUCCAGCCCAACGUGACGGGCCACAAGAAGAAGCACAAGCAGAGGCCAGGACUUUACUCCAUGAGCGAUGACCCCAGCCAGGAACGAGAAGACAGCAGCUUCAGACACAGAAUCGUAUCAGAUGCUUUUAUGUAAACUUGACACACUUUUCUUGUCUUAUAUUCAUGAGGAAUAGCGUUGUCAGUCAUUCGAGAGUGGGACUGGCAUUCCUCUGACUUUCAGUCCGUCUUCAACAGUGACAAAAAAAGCAAUAACUCAAUAACAUUUUUUGGCAUUGAUAUUUGUCAGAUGACAUAAAAUAUGAAAGAGGAAAUGAAUGAAAAUAUGCUCUUAUCAGCAUAAUUGUUUGAUUUUGAGUUAUAAAAGUAGGGUUUUAGUUUUGGAUGUUACCUGUAGGCCUAUGAGUUGUGUUCAAAGGUAAAGUUUACCAGUGUAAAUAAAACAUGAUUCAGAAUA